GUGAGUUGUUAUUUUUAGGCCGGUGUUUGAUCAUUUUGGAGUUUUGUUUUUCUGUAAUUGUUUCAAACUGAUGAAGAUCAUGGUAUUUAUCCGCGAAACAUUAACUUCUGUACUCAGUAGAAAAGGUAUCUCGUGUGUCUUCCGCGAGGCAAGAAGUUGACUUGAGCCGGCCAGAUCAAGGAACGUGAGGCAUUUGAAAUACUCAAACACCAACAUCAGUGUCAUUGGCAUUAGUGAUUAUAAUACCGCGGAUAGUACGAUGGCAGAACAGGUUGCGCCUGAUCAAAGUAAGAAAGGUUCUCAGACGAAAAAGAAGAAGUCACCAGGCAAGAAGCAAGGGCUGAGGCAAGUGAUGCGGCAAACGAGAAAAGCCAAGAGUAAGCAGCGCAACAUUGACGAAAUGAUGGCGCAGCUGACGUUCGACCCAGAUAAUUCGGUAGUCUCAGGGACAGGCCUCGUCUACGACGAGCGGAUGCUGAAACAUCACAACCUCUGGUUCCGGGAGCACAAUGAGCGCCCUCUACGUGUAGCGGAGUCCUACAGACAGUGUCAGGAGUACGGCCUCGUCGACAGAUGCGUUCACGUUCCGAUAAGAUUGGCAACAGAGGAAGAAAUUCUGCUGAAUCAUAGCCAGCAGUACGUGGAUGCAAUACGCAAUACGGAAAGCUGUGACACCGAGGCCGAGUUCGAAGAGGUAUCAGCGUCAUUCUCAGAUGUAUAUUUCAACAAAGAUACGUUUGAGACGGCGCGUCUGUCGUUAGGAGGCUGCUUGGAGCUGCUGGACCACAUCGCAGAAGGAAAAGUCCGCAAUGGGAUGGCCAUCGUCAGGCCGCCAGGUCACCACGCGAUGGAGUCGGAGGCGUGCGGCUUCUGCUUCCUCAACAACGCCGCCAUCGCUGCCGAGAGCGCUCUGCGUAACCAUGGAUACGAGAGGGUCCUCAUCGUCGACUGGGACGUCCACCACGGCCAGGGAACGCAAUACUCCUUCUACGACGACCCGAGAGCCUCGGGUAGUGACUGCAGUCCACUCGUGGCGGAAAACAUGACCUACACAAGCUAUCCCGCGUGGCCCGGACCGCAGACGGGCAUGGGCAACAGCGAAUACAUUGCAAUAUUCAACAACAUCCUGAUGCCUAUUGCAUAUGAGUUUUCUCCCGAUCUCGUCAUAGUCUCGUCGGGUUACGACGCUGCGCUGGGCUGCCCUGAGGGUGAGAUGAAGGUCACGCCGGCAUGCUACGCACAUCUCGUCAACAUGCUGUCGACGUUAGCUGAGGGUCGGCUGUGCGUCUACCUGGAGGGAGGAUAUUGUGUCACGUCGCUGUCGCACUCGGUCGCCAUGACAGUGAGGGCGCUACUAGGCGAUCCCUGCCCGCCGAUUGGUCCGUUGGAACCUCCCGACAGCAGCCUGCUGGAGGUCAUGGAGCGACUGAUCACGUUGCUGCGGCCGCACUGGAGAUGCCUGCGCUUCCAGGGCGUCGACCGCGGCGCCACCUACACGCCGCCCGUCAAGCCGGACGGCGUGGAGUUUGCGGCGGACGAGCGUCGGCCGGCGCGCUACGACACGCGGGACGUGCACGAGGUGAGGAGCGAGGCGGAGACGCGCGCGUGGGACGCGAAGAUCGCCGACGUCCUCCACCAGAUGGUGCUGCGCAGGGCACCGCACAGGACGUGCCUUGUCUACGACAAGCAGAUGAUGCUGCACCGGAGCUACGCCGACCCCGGCCACCCGGAGAGUCCGGCGCGGAUACAGAGGAUCUUCGCACAGCACGAGGAGUGGGGGCUGCUCGAACGCUGCCUGCUGCUGCCGUCGAGAAAAGCCACGCCGGAGGAGCUAAAGUUGAAACAUAGUGAGGAGCAUGUGAGCACUGUUGCUGCGUGGGCUCGCUCGGGGAAGGAGGAGCUAGAGCGGAUGAUAACUCCGACGAUGGUAGAGCGCAUAGCCACCUUCCUCUGCAUGGAUACGUACGAUGCCGGCGUGCUGGCAGCUGGCUCGGUGCUUGCUGUCGUUGAUGCUGUCGUGGGUGGAGAGGCGCAGUCCGGGGUCGCGAUCGUGCGACCUCCGGGCCACCACGCCGAGGAGGACGCCGCCUGCGGCUUCUGCUUCUUCAACAAUGUCGCCAUCGCCGCCGAGUACGCGAAGAGAAAGCACGGCCUGAAACGAGUUCUCAUCGUUGACUGGGAUGUUCACCAUGGCAACGGCACACAGCACAUGUUUUACGAUGAUUCAAGCGUGCUGUUCAUCUCGCUGCAUCGCUAUGACGAUGGCUCCUUCUUCCCGGGGGAGGAGGAUGCGAACUUCGACAGGCUGGGUCGCGGCGACGGGACAGGAUUCAACAUCAACAUAGCCUGGAAUGCGAGAGGGAUGGGCGAUGCGGAAUAUGUCGCUGCCUUCCAGCAGGUGGUGUUGCCUGUCGCCUACCAGGUAUGUUCAAUUGUCUUUCAUAUUCCUAAGCCUCUUCAACGAGACGCGAGAUUGGAGCGUACUGUCAGUCAACUCCCGUACAUGGAAUAUUCACAUGAGUUCUGUGUUCGGGUUAGGUCGGUGCUGUCGGCCGUGCGGGGCGCGGUCGGGCAGACGCUGCAGCACAUCACAGGAGCGAUGAAGACGCUGACGAUGUCAGGCGCAGACGAGCCGCUAGCGCCACCUGUCGCCGAGGGCGCGACGCACGAGCCCGGCGUCGAGCCGCUAGCGCCACCUGCCGCCGCCACCGAGGGCGCCAUGGACGAGCCUGGCGUCGAGCUGCUAGCGCCACCUGCCGCUGUCGAGGACGCCGCGGAUGGCCGGUCGGCGAGUGCUGUGCCGGACGUACCAUUACACUCUGAAGGGGAUGCGGGUGUGGCUCAGGAUGUUCCAUUUGAAUUGGGAGGGGAGGCGGACGUGGCUCAAGGCGUACGAUUGAAAUCGGAAGGGGAGGUAGGCGUGGCUUGGGAUAUACCAUCGAAAUCUGAAGGGGUAGCCAGUGUGAAUCAAGACAUACCAUUGAAAUCGGAAGGGGUGGAUCAGAAUGCACAAUUAACGUCAGAAGGGGAGGCGAGUGCGGCACGGGAUGUGCCGUCGCAGUCAGGCACGGAGGGAGAGGCGGCGAGUGGGUCGGGGGAGGCGGCAGGAGCACUGGGAGCCUGCACACACAUCCCCGGGGAAGCCGGAGCCGGGGAGCCUUCCCUGGUGGCCUUCCUUGGUCUUGACGAAGACUUGGCAGAUCAGGAUCGCAUGUUUGCCGUCGUUCCAAAGUCGUGGUGUCCGCACCUGGAGUGCGUGGAGGCACCACCAGGGGGCAGCAUUGACGUCGCGCAGCCCUGCGCAACGUGUGGUGAUACGAAGGAAAACUGGAUAUGCCUCACGUGUUAUAAGGUGUUCUGCGGCCGAAUGAUCCGCGGCCACAUGGUGGACCACGGCUCGGACGCCGGUCACCCACUGACCCUCAGCUUCAGCGACCUCUCUGCGUGGUGCUACCCAUGCGACGCCUACGUCCACCACGCCGCGCUCGUCCCCCCGAAGAGGGCAGCACACGUCGCCAAGUUCGGCGUGGACCUGCCACACGGCUCCGAACCCUGACGGGAGAGCGGUGACAGUCGGCCAUCUUAUAAAUUGUGACAAUCUGCCAUCUUAAACAGCAAAAGUCAGCCAUCUUAAACUGUGACAAUCGACCAUCUUGAAAAAUGACAAUCGGCCAUCUUGAACAAUAGCAGUAGGCUAUUCUAAACGGCGCUAGACGACCAUUGUGAAUGUGGCUGACCUUGGAACGAUUUGGCUCGACUGCCAAGGACACGGGCAGAAUGGGUGGAUGUGCGCAGGUUUUGUUGAUCGUCUCAAUUACGAAUAUGUGAUUACUAUGUUUGCUACAUGCUAAUAAACGAUAGAGAUCUAAUGAAAUUAUUCAAUCAACUA